CUGCUUGCAACCUCCUUAUCUCAACCGACACCGGCCCAUCGCUAUCAACCUCAACUCGCAACUCACCCAACUCACUCACUCACCACCAACCUGCCACCAACUCACCAACUCACAAACUCACCACCAAACCACAACCAUGGCGUCCCUACCACCCCUCGAACCAAACUACGCCGCCGCCCUACAACUAAUCGACGAAGCGCACGCCUUAGACCCACGCCCCGCCCCCAACGACAACCCUGAGGACAACAACAACGAUGACCAGCCCCCCAUCCCCUUCGAGCUCGACUACGCCCGCAAGAUGACACGCUGGCUGGCCGUGCGCGCCCCCGACGCCUCACCCGAGCUCCAACUCGCCUGCCGCGCCCAGCACUUCCGACGCUGGGAACUCCCACGCACCUCCCACCCCGCCACCCGCGCCGGCUACCUAACCUGGCGCGCCAAACAGAAAUCCCAAGCCGCCGCCCAGCUCACCGAGUUGCUGACCUCCUCCCCGACCAUCCAGCCCCCCAUCCCCAAGGAAGCAGUGCAGCGGAUUGGGGCGCUGGUGCGCAAGGAGGGUCUGGGUCGCACCACCAGUACCACCAGUACCACCAAUGAUGAGGGCAGAGAGGAAGGGGGGGACAGCGAGACGCAGGUGCUGGAGGACGUGGCGUGCCUGGUGUUUUUGGACGGGCAGCUGGAGGGGUUUGAGCGGACGAGCGAGUUGGAGGAGGAGAAGCUGGUGGGGAUUCUGAGGAAGACGUGGGGGAAGAUGAGCGGGCGGGGGAGGGAGCUGGCGCUGGGGAUGGAGCUGGGGGAGAGGGCGGGGGCGUUGGUGGCCAAGGCGUUGGUGGUGAGCUGAGGGAAGGGGAGGCGGGGGGGGGGGGGAUGUUGGGG